AUUUGAACAUUAUACAUGUGACACUAUUGGGAACUGUAAAAGCUAAUCUGUAUCCAAGUAAAAAAGAAUAAAAGAAUGUCAGCAAAGCCAAAAAAAAAAAAAAAAAGGUCCUUCCUUUUCUCUUACGCCAUGAAACGAACAGCAAAUAAUUGGUUUUUUUUCGCCUUCUUUUUCUUUCCAAAUAAUGAUCUUUAAUCUUAAUUUACGGUAUAAUAAAAAAUAUAGAAAAACAAAACUAAGCUAAAAACAGAUUUGAGAGAACAAAGAAGGAAAAGAACACAGAGAGAGAUGAUUCUAUCUACUCUCUACCAAAGCUUUGAUCUUCUGUCCCAAAGAGAUUAGGGUUUUUAAUAAUACUCUUUCACAUGACAGCCAGAAAUUCCCCUUCCAUACAAAGUUCCAAGACAUGAGCUUGGAGCUUUGAAUUGAUCUGUUGAUGGGUAUUUUUUAGAUUCUGAUUUGGAAUCAGGAACUUGAAGGUUUGGAUAUUGAUAAUUACUUGAAGUGUAAAGAGCAGCGGAGAUUGUUUCAAUUAUUUGGAGGAGUUGUUCUUGGAAAAAUGGAGGAUCAGGAAGUUUUACCGGAUAAUAUCUCUGUAGCCUUAGUUAGGGGAGUUAGGGCAGAAGAAGAUGAGGAAGACUUUCAGAGCUGUUGUGAAGAUGAUGAGGUAUGGAAGGACAAUGAAGAGGUGGCGAAAGAGGAAGAAAAGAAAGAGCUUGAUGAAUUUUCAGUGAAGAUGUUCUUCAAGGGCAUCUCUUUAGCUGAAACUGGGGACUCUAGUUUUGGGUUUUCAGGAAUUGGGGUGGUCAUGGAGAGAUCAGCCAAUAGCCCUGUUAUUCAAGUGCAGAAAAAGCUUGACUUUUAUGUUGAGGAAUCUGUGGCUGAUUAUUUAGCCUUAAUGGAUGGUUUGACAGAGGCUAUGCAGAACAAAAUUCUCCGAGUAUAUGCUUUUACUGAUUCCACAUUGCUACAUGAUCAGAUUACAUGCGAGGAGAACCUUGAUAAUCCACUUUUGAUGGCGUUAAGGGAAAGAAUCAUGGAACAUUCCCGUAAUUUGGAAGAGUUUGUCCUGAAACUUGUUCCAAGCACCGAUCUUUUGAGGCCAUUGCAGCUAGCCCAAGUAGCAAUAGGAGUUGUUUCUUCUCCUGCCAAGGGAGAUAAAUCACUUCAAUAUUGUUCUAUUUGCUUUGAAGACAAGCCAUCAUUGAUGAUGAUCACCAUGAAGUGUUCCCAUAGAUUCUGUUCCCAUUGUAUGAGAACUCAUGUAGAUGGUAAACUGCAGUCGUCCAAAGUUCCAAUCAGGUGCCCUCAGUCACAAUGCAAAUAUUACAUCUCGACUGCUGAGUGUAGAUCAUUUCUUCCUCUUGCUUCCUAUGAGUCUUUAGAAAGAGCACAAGCAGAAGCAAAUGUUCUUCACUCAGAUGGAAUAUACUGUCCUUAUCCAAAUUGUUCUGUCUUGCUUGAUCCUCGUGAAUGCUUAUCAACUAGGGCAAGUUCAUCUAGUCAAUCAGACAAUAGCUGUGUUGAGUGCCCUGUUUGUCAAAGGUUUAUAUGUGUGGAAUGUGGAGUUCCAUGGCAUUCAUCAAUGAGUUGUGAAAUGUAUCAGAACCUCCCACUUGAGGAAAGAGAUGCUGCAGACAUCACCUUGCAUCGCUUGGCACAAAACAAGAGGUGGAGACGAUGCCAGCAGUGCCGUAGGAUGAUUGAACUUGCUCAAGGUUGCUAUCACAUGACAUGCUGGUGUGGGCACGAGUUCUGUUAUUCUUGUGGUGCCGAGUACAGGGACAGUCAGCAGACCUGUCAAUGCGCCUUUUGGGAAGAAGACAACUCUGAGGGCUUGGCCACCCAUUCUGUCCAAGAAUCGGAACAAUGGGCUUGGGAGACUUUCAAUUCACUCCCUAUGAUUAUGGAUGCAUACUCAGACCAAGAAAGAUCACAGCUGGCACUAAUCCAAAGGUUCCUUGCUGGGGGUUUCAGUCUUAGUGAUCAUCAUCCAUAUCAAUCACCACCCCGCUGUACGGAUUCAUAUGUGGAUGCCAUGAAGGACCUCCGUCAGCUUCCUUGGCUUGAGAGAUUUGUCUCUGUAAUAAGUGACAACUACUACGAAGACUAUAUCCAAUGAAGCUGUGUAGAUGAUUCCAAUGUUAGGUAAUAAGUUGCUUAUCAGUCCAACAAGGUUUACAAUAGAGCCCAAGAGUUUCUCACUCUAUUGGCUCCAUUUUCAUUUACACAAAUUCCUAUGUGGUUCUUGUUGCAUAAGAGCUGAAGCAAAGAUUCUGUGCAUGUUAGUUGCUUUCUUCUUGAAAGAAAAAGAAAGAUAAUAGGGUAAACACUUAUUGAUGUCACCAGAUUGAAAAAAAGUUAAUGAAACAAAUCAUCUUUUCAA